UUGUGAAAGUUAGCUAUUACUUUUUAUUAUUACUGAAAAAUUAAAUAAAGAAAAAGCUUUCAGCAUUAGGCCUACUCAGCCUACACCGCAGUCUCAAAAUGAGAGUCAGUUUCACGGAUCUAUGCCAUAUAAACCCUGCAUUAAGUCAUGGCAAACGGUAUGAUUCUGACAAUUUAAAACAAAUAAUAAAGGAUCUGGGCAUUGGCAUGGCCUGAACCUAUUAUCUUGACAUUACACAGUCUUGUACUUAUAGCCCUGUGCAGUUUCACUCAGAUUAGCUGAGGAUUUUGCUUUCUCUGUGCCAUCUGUCUGUGAAAUGCAUACUAUAUAUUACACGCUAUGCAUGUUGAUUUAUUUGAAUUGCACAAGGCUUCAUAUGGAUUGACUGAUUUUUUUUUAGUCAGCAUAGGCCUAAUUUCCAAAGAUCUUUAGCCAGCUUUGAAUGAAGACUUCCAGAUUUUUCUGUCGGGGGAGGAUGUGGUGGUGGUAUUGGGAAGCAUCUGUAGUCCAAAGCAUCAGGGUUGAAAAAAAGCUGAAACAAUGCCAGGUUUAAUAUAAAUUACACUUGCGGUCACACAGCCAAAGAAAUGACAAGCCCAUAGGAACAAUUCUCUGGCUUUCCAUUCAGCUGCACUAUGGACGUAGGUGUAGGAGUGCUGUAUCAUCUCGGCUCUGCUUAAAUAAUUUGAUACUGUCUUAGUGACAAUUAAAACCAGGAACGCAUUUAAAGCUAUUGUGCAUUGUUUCUGCCCCCCACCCUGAGGAAUUCUAUGACAACAACACUGUCAGUGCGUCCACAUGAUACAAGCAUUCGGGAAGAGGCUCUUGCUCCGCGAUCGUCAAGCAGAGUUCAAAAGGAGAAAUCAGUUAACAUCUGCACUGCUGGAGGAUACCAGGGAUGCUUUCUCACACUGAGGACUUCAACCUAGAUUCCAGAGGUAAUUGCAGGUUAUUCCUCCGUGCACAUAAAGAAGAAAGGAAGACAGGGGCAGAAACAAUAAGAUGAGACCAUUUAAUGAUGGUAACCUCUAAGAAGAAAAGCACAAGCCAACCUGAGACGGUGAAAUAUCUUUUAAGCAUUACCACAACUUCACUGCAGGCAAACCUCAAUGAAAGAAACUCAGUGUAAGGGCAGAUUCUUAAAAAAUGUUUUGAUUGGUACAUGGGGACAAUACCAUCCAUCAAUGAGAAGGAGACAAAUAAAAGGAUUGUUUCUGGCCCGGAGAACAGUUGAACAACCAGCUGAUUUUCCAGGAUUGUCUCAGCUCCACUGAAAACACAGUAGUAUCACCUCUCUCAUUUUUUUGGCCCUGUACAUGACUCUUAGAAAAGCACCAAUGGCCUGCAGCUCAGGCAUGGUAAUGAGUGCCUUGUUUUGGUCUGUAGCCAUUGUAUAUUUGACUCAUAUUGGCAGAGUCAGUGGAGACUGCUGGUUAAUUGAGGGGGAAAAGGGCUUUGUAUGGCUUGCAAUUUGUAGCCAAAAUCAACCACCUUAUGAGGCCAUCCCACAGCAUAUCAACAGCACCAUUGUGGACCUUCGUCUGAAUGAAAACAAAAUCAAAAGUAUCCAUUAUUCUGCCCUUAGUCGCUUUGCCAACUUGACCUACCUGAACCUAACAAAGAAUGAAAUCUCCUACAUAGAUGAUGGGGCCUUUUCUGCUCAGUUUAACUUACAAGUCCUUCAAAUGGGCUUCAACAAGUUGCGGAAUCUGACAGAGGGCAUCCUCAGAGGUUUAGGAAAGCUGCAGUACCUCUACCUCCAGGCCAACCUGAUUGAGACUGUGACACCCAAUGCCUUUUGGGAAUGCCCCAACAUUGAGAACAUUGACCUCUCCAUGAACCGAAUCCAGCAGUUAGACGGGUCCACGUUUACAAGUUUGACUAAACUAACCACCUGCGAGCUGUACACCAACCCUUUCAACUGCUCUUGUGAAUUAUUUGGUUUUGUCAAAUGGCUCACCGUUUUCCCAAACAGGACGAAUGAGCGGAUGGUCUGCGACUCCCCACCUGAUGUCUCUGGUUAUAGUUUAUUGAGCCAGAAUCCAAACAAUCCAAAAUAUAAAAAUGCGCUUCACAUGCUCACCACUGUGUGUACUGAGGACUAUGUGACUCCAUUUAUUUCUGUGCCCAUUGAGCCCACAACACCUGUGCCAGACUCCACACUCUGUGGGCUGGAAGAUUGUCCCUCAGGCACGGAACCAGAAGACAUUACCAUCAGUACAACCUACAAUGAUGUGGAAGGAAACCUUCUGAUGAAACUGAAGCAAGUAUCAAAUACAGGUGCUAUCAUCACGGUUCAGAUUCCUCACCCCUACAAAAAGAUGUACAUCCUGGUUCAGUACAACAACAGCUUUUUCACAGAUAUUCAAAACCUGAAAGAUAUAAAGGAGGACAUUGAACUAAAAACCCUUAAACCACACACUAACUACACAUACUGUGUUGCUUCGAUACGUAAUUCUCUAAGACACAACCACACUUGUCUGACACUCACUACUGGUCCUUGGAAUGGAAAGGAUAGAGUUGUAAACAAUGCAACUGCUACUCACUACAUUAUGACAAUCUUGGGCUGCCUCUUUAGCAUGGUCAUUUUUCUGGGUGUGGUCUACUAUUGCUUGCGAAGAAAGCGUCAGCAAGAUGAAAAGCACAAAAAAACAGGUAGCCUGAAGAAAAAUAUAAUAGAACUCAAAUACGGACAAGAACUGGAGGGAGCGACUAUUUCUCGAAUGUCGCAGAAGCAGCUGUUGGCCGGGGAGAGCAUGGCACGUAUGCCGUACUUACCAUCUGCAGCUGAAAUGGAGCAGUACAAAUUUCAAGAGAUAAGUGAUACUCCUAAAAUGAUGAAAGGAAAUUACAUGGAGGUGCGAAGCAUGGACCACCAUGAACGCAGGGAGUGUGACAUGGGAAUGGCUGGGAAUAGCCAGGGGUCAGUGGCAGAGAUUUCAACCAUUGCAAAAGAGGUGGAUAAGGUCAAUCAGAUAAUUAACAAUUGUAUAGACGCUCUAAAGUCAGAAUCCACAUCUUUUCAAGGGAAAUCUGGAGCAGUCUCCACUGCAGAGCCCCAGCUCGUACUAAUAUCAGAACACCCACAGAGUAAAUCUGGCCUUCUUUCCCCAGCGUAUACGGACAGCUAUCACCACUCUCUGCAGAGGCAUCGGACCUCUGAUGUCUCGCCAAAGAGGCCCAGCACUGCCACAGGAGGGCCCAUGCGAAGUCCCAGGCCUUAUCGCUCUGAAUCCAAGUACAUAGAGAAAACCUCCCCAACAGGAGAGACCAUGCUCACUGUAACACCUGCUGCCGCCAUCCUGAGGGCUGAGGCAGAGAAGAUCCGUCAUUAUGACCACCGGCACUCAUAUCCCGAUGCUCAGAUAGAGGAGCUUGAAAGACCUGACAGCCACAAGUCCUCCAUGUUGGAGCCUCUCACUCACUCCCGCAGCAGAGACUUAGCAUAUUCCCAGCUGUCAUCUCAGUAUCACAAUCUAAGCUACUCCUCCAGUCCCGAAUACUACUGCAAACCUUCACACAGCAUCUGGGAGCGAUUCAAACUCCACCGAAAACGGCACAAAGAUGAGGAAUACAUGGCUGCGGGCCAUGCACUGCGUAAGAAAGUCCAGUUUGCAAAGGAUGAGGACCUGCAUGAUAUUUUAGACUACUGGAAAGGUGUAUCAUCCCAACAGAAGUCAUAACCUCUUUAGGGGUUUUAAAAUGGACCACACAUUGCAGAAAAGACACAAGAACCUCAUCUGACAAUUGAAUCAAUGGAAACUUCCAUAUUAUAAUCAACUACUCACUCACAUUCUCUUUUGACUGUGAGUAAAAUGGGGUAAAGAGUAUUUAAAUUUGUAAUAUUAUGUAAAGCAUUCAUCGGGAAAACUUUUAUCUAUUAAAGAGAAAAUA